AUAUGUCUGAUCCGGCAGUUUGGACUGUCCUCUCAAACUUUACAUUGCCUCAUUUGAGAAGUGGAAACAGGCUCCGUCGAACACAAAGUUGCCGGACAAGUAAUCGAAAAAGUUUGAUAUGUAAUGGACAGUCUUCAGCUAUGCCUCGGCCUCAUUCACCACUUUCUGCUCACUCUGGCAGCAGUCCUCAAGACAGCCCUAGAAAUUUUUCUCCUAGUGCCUCAGCCCACUUUUCUUUUGCACGAAGGAGUGAUGGACGACGUUGGUCACUGGCGUCUCUCCCUUCUUCUGGCUAUGGCACAAAUACUCCCAGCUCAACAGUUUCAUCAUCCUGUUCUUCCCAAGAAAAGUUACACCAGUUACCAUAUCAGCCAACGCCAGAUGAACUUCAUUUUUUAUCUAAACAUUUCUGUGCUACUGAAAGUAUUGCUAGUGAUAAUAGAUGUAGGACCACUCAAAUGAGGCCACGAUCCAGAAGCCUCAGUCCUGGACGUCCUCCUGCCUGCUGUGAUCAUGAAAUUAUUAUGAUGAACCAUGUAUAUAAAGAAAGGUUUCCUAAGGCUACUGCUCAGAUGGAAGAAAGGCUUCAGGAGAUUAUCACCAACCAUUCUCCUGAGAACAUCCUUCCCUUGGCAGAUGGAGUCCUCAGCUUCACCCACCAUCAGAUCAUUGAACUGGGUCGUGAUUGCUUGGAUAAAUCUCAUCAGGGUCUUAUCACCUCACGAUAUUUCUUUGAAUUACAGCACAAGUUGGAUAAGCUCCUACAAGAGGCUCAGGAACGAUCAGAAAGUGGAGAACUGGCAUUUAUUAAGCAGCUUGUCCGAAAAAUACUUAUUGUCAUUGCACGUCCUGCUCGUUUACUUGAAUGUUUGGAGUUUGAUCCUGAAGAAUUUUACUAUCUUUUGGAAGCUGCAGAAGGACAUGCAAAAGAAGGGCAAGGCAUUAAAACUGACAUUCCUAGAUAUAUUAUAAGUCAACUGGGGUUGAAUAAGGAUCCUUUGGAAGAAAUAGCUCAGCUAACUAACUAUGACAGUGGAGCAGCAGCAACUCCAGAAACUGAUGAACCGAAUUCUAAUGCAUCACUGAAACUUCAGAGGAAGCCUCGUGAAAAUGAUUUUGAAACAAUUAAACUGAUUAGCAAUGGAGCAUAUGGCGCUGUUUAUCUGGUGCGUCAUAAAGAAACAAGACAGAGAUUUGCAAUGAAAAAGAUUAACAAACAGAAUCUCAUUCUUCGAAACCAGAUUCAGCAGGCAUUUGUUGAGCGUGAUAUCCUGACAUUUGCAGAAAAUCCAUUUGUAGUCAGCAUGUAUUGUUCCUUUGAAACUAAACGCCAUUUAUGCAUGGCCAUGGAAUAUGUAGAAGGUGGAGACUGUGCUACUUUGAUGAAAAAUAUGGGCCCUUUGCCUGUAGAUAUGGCCAGGAUGUAUUUUGCUGAGACUGUUUUAGCACUGGAAUAUCUCCACAACUACGGAAUAGUACACAGAGAUUUGAAACCAGAUAAUUUACUGGUAACAUCCAUGGGACAUAUAAAAUUAACAGAUUUUGGGCUAUCUAAGGUUGGCCUCAUGAGUAUGACCACCAAUCUUUAUGAGGGUCACAUUGAGAAGGAUGCUAGAGAAUUUCUGGAUAAACAGGUUUGUGGUACACCAGAAUAUAUUGCUCCAGAAGUGAUUCUAAGACAAGGUUAUGGCAAGCCAGUGGAUUGGUGGUCCAUGGGAAUUAUCCUGUAUGAGUUUCUUGUUGGGUGUGUUCCAUUUUUUGGAGAUACACCAGAGGAGCUAUUUGGACAAGUCAUCAGUGAUGAGAUCAACUGGCCUGAAAAGGAUGAAGCACCACCUCCAGACGCCCAAGAUUUGAUUACUUUGCUUCUGAGACAAAACCCCUUGGAAAGAUUAGGAACAGGUGGUACUUACGAAGUGAAACAACAUCAGUUCUUUCAAAACUUAGACUGGAAUAGUUUGCUGAGACAGAAAGCAGAAUUCAUUCCUCAGCUGGAAUCUGAAGAUGACACAAGCUACUUUGACACUCGGUCUGAGAAGUAUCACCAUAUGGAAACUGAAGAAGAAGAAGAAGAUACAAAUGAUGAAGACUUUAAUUUGGAGAUAAGGCAGUUUUCUUCAUGUUCACAUCGAUUUUCAAAAGUUUUUAGUAGUAUAGAUCGAGUCGCUAUUCAAACUGAAGAAAAGGAGAAUACAGUAGAGGAAACAACAAAUGUGGCACUGACAUCUUCAGAAUCUUCAUGCUGGAGCUCCGAAUAUUCUGAAAUGCAACAGAUAUCUACAUCAGUUUCUUCUGAUACUGAAAGUGUUAAGCAACGCCACAGUUCAGGGUUACUUCCAAAAUUAGCUAUAUCAGCUGAAGGAGAUUCAAAAGAAUCACCCUGUUCUGCUGGAUCUCGUAAAGUUCAAGAAAAGACUAUGUUUGUUAAUGAAGAAAUUGUUCAAGAUGAAGUGGAGGUAACAACUCCAGCAAGCACAAUUAGUAACUCCACACUCUCAGCUGGUAGUUUUUCAGAGCACUUGGAUCAGAUAAAUGGAAAAAGUGAAAGUGUGGACAUCACAGAUAAUUUCUCAAAGCCUUCCAGUGAACGAGCAUCUCAUGUGACUCAUCAGCAAUUAGAAAGUACAGAGAAAAAAAAAAUAUCUGGAAAGGUCACAAAGUCUCUCUCGGCCAGCGCUCUGUCCCUUAUGAUUCCAGGAGAUAUAUUUGGGGUGUCUCCUUUGGGAAGUCCAAUGUCGCCCCAUUCAGUAUCUUCAGAUCCUUCAUCCUCCAGAGAUUCUUCUCCAAGCCGUGACUCAUCAACUGCUCCUGCAAGUCCUCACCAGCCUGUCAUAAUUCAUACUUCAGGCAAAAAGUAUGGAUUCACUAUCCGAGCAAUCAGAGUAUAUGUGGGUGAUAGCGACAUCUACACAGUCCAUCAUAUUAUUUGGAACAUUGAAGAGGGAAGUCCAGCCUACCAUGCUGGGUUGAAGGCUGGUGACCUCAUUACACACAUUAAUGGAGAACCAGUGCAUGGCCUUGUUCAUACUGAAGUCAUAGAACUGUUAUUAAAGAGUGGCAAUAAAGUGUCGAUUACUACCACCCCAUUUGAAAAUACCUCAAUAAAAACAGGACCGGCUAGAAAAAAUAGCUAUAGAGGCCGAAUGGUUAGACGGAGUAAGAAAACCAAAAAGAAGGAGAGUUUGGAAAGGAGGAGAUCUCUGUUCAAAAAAUUAGCUAAGCAACCAUCACCUCUUCUUCAUACAAGUCGGAGUUUCUCCUGCCUGAACCGAUCACUAUCAUCAGGAGAGAGCUUACCUGGUUCUCCAACUCAUAGCUUGUCUCCCCGGUCACCAACACCAAGCCUUCGUUCCACCCCUGAUUUCCCCUCAGGAACAAAUUCAUCCCAAAGUAGUUCUCCAAGUUCAAGUGCACCCAAUUCUCCAGCUGGCUCGGGACAUAUUAGACCCAGCACACUCCAUGGUUUGGGUCCCAAGCUUGGAGGAUCAAGAUACAGAUCAGGAAGGCGCAAAUCUGCUGGCAGUAUUCCCCUCUCACCAUUGGCAAGGACUCCUUCUCCAACACCUCAGCCAACAUCUCCUCAGCGAUCUCCAUCACCCUUAUUGGGGCAUUCAAUAGGAAAUGCAAAAAUAGCUCAGGCUUUCCCUGCUAAAAUGCAUUCUCCUCCCACUAUUGUUAGACAUAUUGUCAGACCUAAGAGUGCAGAGCCACCAAGAUCCCCAUUGCUCAAAAGGGUUCAGUCAGAAGAAAAGCUCGCUCCUUCUUAUGGCACUGAUAAGAAACAUUUAUGCUCGCGCAAACAGAGCCUGGAAGUAACUCAAGAAGAGGUUAAUAGAGAAGUAUCCCAGCGGGAUACAACCCUUCAGAGUCUGGAGGAGAAUGUAUUGGAAUCUCCUUCAGUCACACGAGUGAGGCCUGCAGAACAAGGGUGUUUAAAACGCCCCCUUUCCAGGAAACUGGGCAGGCAAGAACCUGUUGAUGAACUGGAUAGAGAAAAAUUAAAGUUCAAGAUAGUUGUGAAAAAGCAAGAUCUGGCAGAGAAACAAGAAUAUUUGCAGAAAACAAGCACUGUACAUGAACUUUGCAGUGAAUCAGAAGACUCUAUCAUCUCAUGCCUGGAAGACAAGGAUAGCAAAAAAGUGUUUCAAAAAGCUUUGGAAAGAUCAAAUAACUCUGAAGUUAAAAUUACAGCUUGGGAAACACAGUCAGUAGGUGGCAUACUGAAAGAUACCCUUCAAAAGAAUGCAAACCUGAAGUCCAAUGAGUACGGUGCUUCAGAGGCAUGUACAUCAUGUUAUAACCCUGCACUUAAUGAACUCAGUCAUUUGUCUUAUGAUUUAAAAAGACUUUCCCCUCCAUGCACAUUGCUAGAUGUUCUGCCUCACUCAUCUGAGAAGUUGGCUAAUGGAAAAGGAGGAAAUGUAGAUAAAAAUGCAUCAACAAAAGAAUUUGUCAAAUUUGAAAGAUCAGAUAGUAAACUUGCAAAUAUAGAUUAUUUUCGGAAGAAAAUGUCUUCUGAAGAAAAUGAUGACAAUUCCAGUCCAGUGCUAAAGCCCAAGUUGACAGCAAGUAUGCAUGAGUGCCAACAGCUCAACACAACUAAACCUAUAAGUAUAAUGCCAAAUUCCAAUUCACCUGCUGAAAGUCAAUCAUUUCUUAGCAGUGCUCAUGCUGCUCAGAUUAGCUCUGUUCCUUUUGUUCCCCUCAAAGCCUUGAAUAGCCGAGCAGAACCUGGCAUGGAGAAAUCAACCCUGAUUUCCACAGAAUCUUUGGCCUGGAAGAGUUCUUCAGAUUACAAGCUAGAAGGAAGAUCUGUUUCUUGCCUGAAACCAAUAGAAGGUACCUUAGAUAUUGCUCUACUUUCAGGGCCACAGGCUUCAAAGUCAGAAGUGUCUUCAUGUGCAUUCCAAGGUGGCCAGAAUAUUAAAAAUGACGAACUCCCCCAACGUGACAACAGCCUGAAGGUUGAGCCAUCACCUCAGAAGGUGCUACCAGCUAUCCAACAAUCCAGACCGUACAAAUCUGAUCUUCUGGACUUGCAAAGCUCAAAGCCUAAUAAAACUAUUCAGCAUUCAACUGCAGCAUCUGUGAUGAUUGAACAGCAGUCAAGAAAAUCACUAUCUAGUCUCAGUGCUAAUGAUAACUCCUCUGUAAGGGAGACCUGUCAAAAGGAAGAGGCCAUCCAGGUUUGUACAAACAACAUGAAAUCUAAUGGCUUUCAAAAUCAGAAUUCUGCCUUGAUAACCUGCAGAUCUCCUCAAGGACAGGGAAAUCCUGAAAAAGGCAAACGAAAAGAGAAGAAACCCAUUAAAGUAGUGCUGGAGAACCACAUGAAGACUGAACAGAAUGAUGAUGAGAGAACUGAAGAUCCCUCAGUGAAGAGCUCCAUUACAGAUACAGCUUCAAAUCAAGACUCUAAACACAGUCAAAGGUAUACCUUGGAUUCAACUGCUCAUUUACAAGCAUGUGGAACAGCAAAAGUACAGGCAUCAAAUUCCAAAAUGAAGUCCAAAGAUGUCAAAGAUAUGCUUAAACAGUCUGCAAAAGAGGAUGAUAACAUCACUGGAGAAUUUGCAGGAAAUGAGUUUGGCAUGCAUAAAUUGAAACCUACUGCUUUGCUUUCCCCAAAGUGUUUCAGUUCAGUUAAAAUCGAAAAAACAAUGGUCGCUGCAACUGUGCAAAAGGAUAAGCCUCGAGAACUGGGAUCAAAAGAGCAGAGGCAGUCCAAAAACACACAGCCUCUGACUGCUGAUAAGGAGCCUAAUUUUGCUUCUAGGCAGCAAAGUAGCAAUUCUGAUGUUCCUGCAGUAAAAGAACCAUUCAACAGACCAUCUGCAGCAGAUGAUCCUGUGUGCUACAGCAAUCAAGAAACUCUUUGGCCUGCUAUGGAAAAUAGCACUGUUAAACCAAAGCAGGUUCUUGACGCUUGUUCCUCUAAAUUAAAACAUUCUGAAAAAUUUGCACAUAAGUCAUUAGCUACACACGUAAAAGAAAAAGAAAACGGUGUACUGGGAAUGGCUGGUUCUCGAAAGGAGGGGAAAAACAUCUGUAAGACCACUUUGGAUUCUUUUUCGUAUUCCGCAGGCUCUCAGAAAAAGCUAAAUAAUGGACAUGUACUGAUAGAACAGAAUCUGGUUACAGAAUGUGGGUCAGAACCGCCAGUCCAACUCAGUAGAACCAUGGCUGAAAAUCAGCUCAAAUCCUUCAUUAAAAGCCAGGGAACAGCAGCACCUUCAGAGAAUACCAAGCUUUGUCAGAAGGAAGAGACAGAAAGCUUAGGUGAUCCCAUUGAUCAAAAGCCAUUCCAUCUACGGAACAAGCCAAAGGUAUCCACUGCAAAAGAGUCUCCCUUGCUGAACAGAGAGGGCAAUAAGGGCUCCGGUAAGCCCAUCGUCUCUCCAGAAAAACAACCUGAAGGAAGGAAAUGCACUGAUGCACUUUAUUUUCAAAAUGACAGCAGGAAAUUGGAUUCCAGCCCCUCCAUUUCUGCUUGUGAUGCCAGAGGAAAAGCUGUGGAAAAGGCAGCCACGGGUAACAAGAACUUUCAGGACUGUAAAGGAAAAGGACACGCAAAUCCAAAACAACUGGCAGAAGGGAGUAAAUCGCACCCAGCAAAACAUUCCUCCUCGGCUACUUUGCAGAAUCCGUGUCGCACAGCUGGAAACACUACAAAGCAGCUGGAUGGCCCAUUCAGCUGCCCAGAACCUAGACAGAAAGCCCCUGUUUUGCCUCCCUCAAAGGCUAAAGUGCUACUGGCAGUGCCGCUUGAAGUGAGCUGCAAGGAGGUCAAAAAACAAAGCAGCUUUUCCUCGUCAGCAGACAGCAGAGCAGAAACUGUUUCGCUGUUGGGCUUCCGCUGUAUUCCACCCGCCAAAGAAGAGCAAAUUCUUACUUCAGAUUUGGGGGGAAAGCCCAGAGGUCAGGAGAGGUCUGUCUCUGCCAGCACUAUGGACAUAAAGGGAAGAGACCCCGGUCUGCCUCAAACUUCUGCUGUAAGAAAACAGAAUGUAGGCAAAGAUUUGCCAAAGUCAGGGACUACAAAUGACUCUCUCAAUGCACUUUCAUUGGACAAAGAUUCUUCCCGGCAGAAACGAGGAAAAGACCCCUCAAGACACAGCCCUCACAAAAAGAGCUCCUCGUAGCUACUUGCAAGUAGGAUGUCUCAGAUGAAAAUCUAGUUCCUUGUCUUUCCUUUUUUUCAAAAAUCAGCACUGGGUAGUAUUUUCUUUUGGAAAAAGGUGUGCCACUGAAGCAGGGUCUGUAAAGAAAGGACUCGAGAUUGGAUCCCCUUUCAUAAAUGUCUUCCCAAAUGUUACCGGUUAAACUGUUUGCAUAUGGUAUUUGUAUAAAAAUAGUUUUACAAGUCGAGAGACUUAUAAGAUGGGGCUGGGGGUACAGCUGGCCACAGCAAGUUCACUGUAAAUACUUAGUGUGUCUCUUUGGAUUGGCAAGAUCCACCUGGCUGCUGAUUAUAUUAUUUACUCUUACCUUUUUAAGGGUCAUGGCUUUGCCACCGAUUUGCCAUAACUGAAGAAGAAACAGAAUUGCUAAAGCUUAGGCCUAAACUGAACCCACAAAUAUAUUGGUCUGAUGAGAGGAUGGAAGUAGCUCAUUUUUUUCUUGUUCAGAAUUGUAUGCCAACCAUAAAACCUAAGAACACCUAAAUCUAGUGCUUUCUAAUGAGUUUAGCUGCAUAUUUUAAGACCUACAGAUGCAUACUUUUGUAGGUGAGCUAGACUUAGUAAUUUAAACCCGUGUUUCUUAAACUUGGCAACUUAAAGAUGUGUGGACUUCAA